AUGAGCAUUGAUGCCGGGAGCCUUUUCCUGUGCGUGGUGACCAUUCGUGUAUCUUCUUUGGAGAAAUGUCUCGUCGAGCCCUUUGCCCAUGUCUGCGUUGAGUCCCCUUUUCCUGGUGGAGCUGUAGGAGUCACUUACACGUUCUGGAUGCGGGCCCACUACACCUAUAAACAUAACUUCAAGGUGAGAAGAAUAACAAAGACUAUUUGCUUUUCAGAGUCAUCCUUUUUGAACUUCCACGAUUCAGACUGUGAAUCCAAAGGGUCGGCACCCUGUGACUCUCUGCUUUCCCUCAACACCGAAAAGAUUCUGAGCCAGGCCAAGACUAUUGCCGAGCAGAAGAGAUUCCCGUUUGCUACUGACAAUGACAGUGCAAAUGAAGAGCUAGCUAUUGCUUAUGUGUUGAUCGGCAGUGGUCUCUAUGAUGAAGCAAUAAGGCAUUUUUCAACAAUGCUUCAGGAGGAGCCUGAUCUGGUUAGUGCAAUUUAUGGCCGAGGGAUAGCCUAUGGAAAGAAGGGACUGCAUGACAUUAAGAAUGCUGAGCUGGCUCUGCUCGAGCUGAGCCGCGUAAUUGCCUUGGAACCUGGUCGCCCAGAGGUAUUUGAGCAGCGAGCAGAAAUUCUCUCCCCUCUGGGACGAAUUAAUGAAGCGGUGAAUGACCUCACGAAAGCGAUUCAGCUUCAGCCCUCAGCCCGGCUGUACAGGCAUCGGGGGACCCUGCACUUCAUAUCAGAGGACUAUGCAACAGCCCACGAAGACUUUCAGCAGUCGUUAGAACUGAACAAAAACCAACCUAUGGCUAUGCUAUACAAAGGGUUAACUUUCUUUCACAGAGGACUUUUGAAGGAAGCUAUUGAGUCUUUCAAAGAAGCUUUGAAACAGAAAGUCGACUUUAUUGAUGCGUAUAAGAGCCUGGGGCAGGCCUACAGAGAACUGGGCAACUUCGAAGCGGCCACUGAGAGCUUCCAGAAGGCGCUGCUGCUCAACCAGAACCACGUGCAGACGCUGCAGCUGCGGGGUGUGAUGCUCUAUCACCAUGGCAGCCUGCAGGAGGCCCUGAAGAACUUUAAGCGGUGUCUGCAGCUGGAGCCGUACGACGAAGUGUGCCAGUACAUGAAGGGGCUCAGCCACGUGGCGAUGGGGCAGUUUUACGAGGGGAUAAAAGCGCAGACCAAGGUUAUGCUCAACGACCCUCUCCCCGGCCAGAAGGCUAGCCCGGAGUACCUGAAGGUGAAGUACCUCCGAGAGUACUCGCGGUAUCUUCAUGCUCAUCUCGAUACCCCCCUCACGGAGUACAACAUCGACACGGAUCUGCCCGGAAGCUUUAAGGACCACUGGGCUAAAAACCUGCCUUUCCUCAUAGAAGACUACGAAGAGCAGCCUGGGCUGCAGCCACACAUAAAAGAUGUGUUACACCAGGAUUUUGAGAGUUACAAGCCUGAGGUCCAAGAGUUGAUCUGUGUGGCGGAUCGCUUGGGGUCACUGAUGCAGUAUGAGACGCCCGGUUUCCUCCCAAACAAGAGGAUACACAGAGCUAUGGGUUUGGCGGCGUUGGAAGUCAUGCAAGCCGUACAGCGGACGUGGGCCAACUCGAAGGUUCGGAUGAAUGGGAAAACGCGGCUGAUGCAGUGGAGAGACAUGUUUGACAUCGCGGUCAAGUGGAGAAGGAUCGCCGACCCCGACCAGCCUGUGCUGUGGUUGGACCAGAUGCCAGCACGAAGUCUGAGCAGAGGUUUCAACAACCACAUCAAUUUAAUCCGGGGUCAAGUGGUUAACAUGAGAUACCUGGAAUAUUUUGAGAAAAUACUUCAUUUUAUCAAAGAUCGAAUUCUUGUUUAUCAUGGAGCAAACAACCCUAAAGGACUGCUGGAAGUCAGGGAAGCUCUGGAAAAGGUGCACAAGGUAGAAGACCUUCUUCCGAUUAUGAAGCAGUUCAACACGAAAACGAAGGACGGGUUCACCGUGAACACCAAAGUCCCCAGCCUCAGAGACCAGGGGAAGGAGUACGACGGCUUCACCAUCACCGUCACAGGAGACAAGGUUGGCAAUAUACUGUUUUCUGUGGAAACGCAGACCACAGAAGAAAGGACACAAUUAUAUCAUGCCGAAAUAGAUGCACUUUAUAAAGAUCUGACAGCCAAAGGGAAAGUGCUGACUCUUUCAUCAGAGUUUGGGGAGGCUGAUGCUGUCUGCAAUUUAAUCUUAUCCUUAGUUUAUUACUUUUAUAAUUUAAUGCCACUCUCUCGAGGAUCCAGCGUGAUCGCCUACUCGGUCAUCGUGGGAGCGCUGAUGGCAAGUGGCAAAGAAGUGGCAGGAAAAAUCCCCAAAGGGAAGUUAGUUGACUUUGAAGCUAUGACAGCCCCUGGUUCAGAGGCCUUCAGCAAAAUAGCCAAAAGCUGGAUGAACUUGAAAAGUAUUUCUCCCUCUUAUAAGAUGCUCCCGUCAGUAUCAGAGACGUUUCCGACGUUGCGGUCGACGAUCGAGGUGCUAAACACGGACUCGUCCCCACGGUGUCUUAAGAAACUCUAGCCACGUGUGGUAUUUAUACAAGUAAAGGGCCGGACCUCUUGCUUCUUAAGUUAUUUUUUAAAACAUGGAAUUAUAAAGAAAUUAGGUCCUUUAUUACUUUUGAUACCGAUUUUUGAUAGGAAUUGAAUACUUGAAAUCAUUUUCUUUACUUUUCUGAACCAUAACAAAAUCAUGAAAGAAGGUUUUAGGGGGAUAGGACCUGCCUGACCCGGAGGGAGGUGCGUGUCAGCCAGUGGUCUGUUUUCACCUGUAAAUAAUACGACUCCUUCCUGAGAGCGAAGUCAAUUUACUUCAAAACCACAAAUUUAACAAGAUGAACAAAACCAACCAGAUAGGAGUGCUUUCAUUCCGUUAAGGAGCUGGCUGUUUCCCGAAGACGUUCUUCCUGUGGGUACCGAGGUGGGGUGUCCUGUUCCCACUCAGCGUGGGCCCCCCACUUUGUUAGGAUGGGGGGUAGAGUCGCGGGCCCUGCUAAGCUGCCCGGAGCUCACAGCCGGGAACACGAGCCUGAGUCAUACAGACAGUAUUUGCCAAUGUCCCAAACACUGAAUCGUUGUAUCAUGUGUUUUCUUUGUUGGAAAAAAAUAAACUGGGGUGAUUUCUGUAAAUCACCAGUUUUUGGCACUGGA